AUGUAUUCUGUCAGAUCAAGCUUUUCACCGUCGGAUGAGAUUGGAUCCAAGGGACCAAAGUUAUUCCUUUUCUUCAGAUCUCCAUACAUAGCUUUCUUCACUGCUGGCCUCCGCAUCUCCUCUCUUCUCUUUCGUCAGAAGAUCUCUCCACCCUCGCAAGAUUUCUGCCUUCAUCGCUCUCCAUCUUCUCUACCACCUCCGUUAAUGGUUGAAGAAUUGAAUGAGUGGUAUCUCUGUCUUCCAUCAUUUGAUGUCACGCUCACCGUUCACCACCACUCCACGGAGGGUGGAGGAUGCAGAAAAAGCUUGAUGCUGGAGGAUGCAUAAGAAGCUUGAUGGUGGAGAAGACAAGACCAGCCGUGGUCGCAGUGGCUGUUGUGCGGCGGAGGCAAGGCCACACAUGGCGGCUGGAGGAGGCAAGGCGAGGCAGGCAUGGCCGCUUAUUUUUUUA